GUGCUUAACAAAACGGCCACCUGGGCUUUGUUUAUUUUACGUAGCAACAUAUUUUUCGUUUAAAAAAAGUAAUCCCCGAUUUAUUCCGGAUUCAUUACAGAGUCCACCAAACAUGAUUUAGAGAAUAGGUCUUUCUUUCGCACGGCAGCAGCUAUGGAUUCUGUUCAAAUGAUAGCACAUAUCGAAAAGUCGUUAGACUAUUCGUUGUUUGAUGUAAAGUGGAUACCUUGCUCAGCGAAGUUUGUGGUGCUUGGUUCGAAACCAAAAGGAACCGGUAUAAUACAGGUGUACCAGCUUAACAGUGGUGAACUAGACAAGCUACAUGAAACGGAAAAACCUAAGUCUUUCAAAUGUUGCUCAUUUGGAGCUUCGCAGCUGCGUGAGACACAGCUGGCCACUGGUGAUUUCGUCGGUAAAUUGGCUAUUUAUGAUGUGGAACGAUUAGACGAAGCGAUAUACGAAGCUGAGGCCCAUGCUGGAAUAAUCAAUGCAAUAGACGCUAUUGGAGGAACAUCAGUCAAUUGCGGAGCUCAAGAAAUCGUAACUGGUGGCAGAGAUGGAUCAGUUAAGGUAUGGGAUCCAAGGCAGAAAAACGAUCCAGUUGCGCAUAUUAGUGCUACAGGUAAUAGUCCAGCUGAGAUCCGAGACUGUUGGGCUGUAGGGUUUGGAGAUUCUUACAAUUGUAUAGAGCGUUCGGUAGUAGCAGGAUACGAUAAUGGUGAUGUAAAACUCAUUGAUCUUCGUGUAAUGAAGGAACGGUGGACAACCAAUGUAAAAAAUGGUGUUUGCGGAAUCGAGUUCGAUCGAAAAGAUAUUAAAAUGAAUAAGCUUGUUGUUAGCACUCUGGAAGGUGGAUUGCACGUUUUCGACAUGCGAACUCAGCACUCUGAAAAAGGAUUUGCAAGGUUAUCGGAAAAGAACGUUGGUCAGGCGUUGGGUACCAACGGUGUAAUCAAUGGAGCAAAGUCAACCGUUUGGGUGGUUAAACACUUACCUCAAAAUCGUGACAUUUUUGCAACAUGCGGAGGAUCAGGAAAUGUUCGGUUGUGGCUUUACCAUUAUCCAGAAACCCGAGUCAAAACACUGAACAGCGGAGAACAACAAGGUGUUGUUGGAAGCUUAGAAAUGCUAAAUGCAACAACAUUAUCAACCCAACCGGUGCAUGCUUUCGACUGGAGUCCCGAUAGACAAGGAUUGGCUGUUUGUGGGUCAUUCGACCAAACGGUGCGUGUCCUGGUGACCACCAAUUUACAUUUACAUUGACAUUUGUUCCGACUAUCCAUAUAAGACUAAUUUCACCGCCGAAAAGAGGUAUUGAAGUAGAAUACUUCUCUCAGGAAGUUCGGCUACAUAGGGAUGUGAAAUGAAAAUCUAAAACCGAAAAAAUUGAAAAAGAU